UGGUGGUUGUGGACGCGGAAGUAAUGUUUACAAGAUAAUUUCCACAGAAUUUAAACUUUUAACCAUCGAAUUCCCGCUCAGAUAAUCGAGCAUGCCAAAGAAAGGGACUAAGCCUUCCACAGAGGCAGCUAGAGCAGACCAAGAUUACGCAAAUGAGGAGUUUGUCAGCGCGAAAUCUCUAGCCGAACAGUUACGGAAAUACAGCCUCGAAGAUCUACUGACUGAGGAUUCGAAAGCUGAGACGAAAGAAAAUGGAGACGUUGCUUGGUUUCACGGUAAAAUGACUCGAGACACAGCGGAAUAUAUUCUCAAAAAAGGUGGCAUGGUAGAGGGGUUGUUCCUAGUCCGUGAGAGUGCCAAAUCACCUGGAGACUUUGUGCUAUCUCUUGUUCAUGGCAGAAAGCCAAGCCAUUACCAGAUCACGUGCAGUGCUGACACCAUGUUUCAGAUUGACGAGGGACCACUGAUACAGGGACUUGAGCAGUUGAUUAAGUAUUACCAGAGUAGUGCCAAUGGCCUGCCCACCAAACUGACCACUUUCUGUCAUGCCAAGCCACCACCCAUGUCCACUAGGAGAGCUGGACGCUCCAAUAUUUUGCACAGGGCAAUAACAGAAGGAAACAGUGCUGUUGUGAGAAAGAUUUUGAGUAAUUUCAAAUGUCCAGACAUUGAUUCCAAAAAUGAAAAAGGUUCCACAGGACUUCACAUAGCCAGUUUUCUAGGUCAUGAUGACAUAGUAUUACAGCUACUGACCAAAGGUGCUAAUGUCACAGUGCGCGAUGCAGAUGGCUGUACUGCUCUGCAGAGGGCCUGUGCUGGUAACCACCCAAACACCAUCAUGUUGUUAAUUAAGACUGGUGGCGCAGAUCCCCAGGACCGCUGCACCACCACAGGGUGGGUACCUCUACACGAGGCGGCCAUGCACGGACACGUCGAGUGCAUCAGGGUGCUACUGGCAGCUAAUGCUCCCUGUCAGCCUCGUAAUGACAGUGGAGACACGCCAUACCACCUAGCAGUACAGUACGACCGACAGGAGUGCAUCAGAAUAUUUGAAGAUUACAAGCCCGCACCCGCCAAAACUCACAAAUCUGAUUGGCUGCAUCGAAACCUAGACAGACAGAGUGCUGUUGGUUUGCUGCAAAGAUGUGGGAUGUCAGACGGAUUGUUUCUUGUGAGACCGAGUCUGAAACAUCCAGGAGUGUAUGUUCUUACAAUGGCGCAAAAUGGAACCGCUUACAAUUAUGAGAUAAGAAAUGUGGAUCAGACUGGUUACUUCAUAGAUGAUGGUCCCUACUUAGAGUCCCUAGACCAUGUGAUCCAGCAUUACGCCACCAGGGCUGACGGUCUUCCUGGCAGACUGAUAACAGCUAUUAGAUCAGAUGAAACAUUGAAACCAUUAAACAUUCCUCUAUACAGUGCCAAAACAUUAGAUGACUUCUCGCGCCCCUCCCUUCCUCCGCGUCCCUCUGAUCUUGCAGGACAAGAUCAGUUUCCAGGUACUGGGAAUGGUGAUGUCCCACCACCAGCGCCCCCUAUUGAGACAAUUCCAAAACUUGGCUUGCAGAAAAUGUUGUCGAAGUCCCAAGAACUGUUGUCCUCGUCUCCUCCACCUCCACCACCAGCCAUCAGUAAGAUACCCAAGAGAGGAAUAAUGGUGAAUAGAACAAAAUCUGUGGAUGACACUGAUGAUUUGGGUCGUCCUGGCACACCCCCUGUGCUGCCACCUGGUGACAUAACACAUCCAGUACAAGAGCUGGUUCCUAUGGGCUCUAUGCUGGACUUCCUGCUGGACUACCCACACAAGAUCAGGAUCAAAGAGGACUUGGAGCUGUGGGCAGCUCAGAUAGCAUGUGGUAUGAAAUACCUGGAGACCAAGGGGUUCGUACACAGGGAUCUGGCUGCCAGGAAUAUUUUGUUGGCGUCGAAAAAACAGGCCAAGAUCAGUGACUUUGGGUUAUCAAGGGCAGUUGGGGCUGGCAGUGAUUACUACAGGGCUUCUGCAGGAGGGCGGUGGCCAGUGAAAUGGUAUGCGCCAGAGUCUGUGAACUAUGGUACAUUUUCCCAUGCUAGUGAUGUGUGGAGUUAUGGCGUCACUCUGUGGGAAAUGUUCUCAUUUGGAGAGCAACCCUAUGGAGAGAUGAAUGGGGCACAGGUGAUAGCACUAAUUGAAAAAGGUGGUCGUCUUCAGAUCCCAGAAAGGUGCCCUGAGAAGGUGUAUGACAUCAUGUUGCAGUGCUGGGACUAUGACGACAAGAACAGACCCACUUUCCAACAACUCAAUGAACAUUUUGCAAUGGACCCCGAGUAUGCAACGACUAGAGACUUGGUCAAGGGAAGAUGAUAGAGGAACUGUUACCAUGGCAACAGCCUGAAACUUGGUCAGGGGAUGAUGAUAAUAAUGAAACUGUUACCAUGGCAACAGCCAGAGACUUGGUCAAGGGAAGAUGUCAGAGGAACUGUUACCAUGGCAACAACUUCAUUGUACACAGCCUAGUUCAUGGCUGUCAAAUGUGGGUGCUAGUUAUAAGUGAUCAUGGCUUGAAAAAAAAGUCCCAGAGAUUCUAUACGAGUAGGUUUUAGCUCAUGGUCACACAACGUUUUUAUCUCCGUUUCACAUGCUUCCUAGAGGAAUAUUUGAACAUAAAAUCCACUAGUCUAUAGUUAACCAGUAAAUAUCAUACAUACACAAGAAAAGUAUUUCUAAUCGAUAGGUAUACUGAAAAGAAGACAAUGAUUUUGCCACUGAAGGAUCAUCAGGGUAUCAAUAAGUCAUAUUAUUUUACAAGGAAGUGCAUUGGCAGAGAGUAUUAUGUGUUCUUUGAUAAAAUGGUACUGUAAGAUGGUGAAGCAGCUACUAAAAAAGACAUUAUUUGAUAUCUGGAAAGCAGGAUGCACUGAAACAUACUGACAUGUAUUUGUUUGAUGUAUGCAAAACGUGAGCUUCUUUCAAAAAAAAAAAUUGAUCCAUAUUUCUAGUGAUUAGUUUACAUUUAAUGAAUGGGCUUUCGUAUGUCAUAAACAAAGCUUUCAUUAGCAAAUAUACCUUCAGAUUAAAGGGUUUCUUUUGAAUAUACGUAUUUUCUGUCCAUAUAGUUUUUAUCAUAAUUACAUAGAAAUAACUUUAAAGUUCUCUGCCAGGACGUAUGUGAAUUUUAACAUCAUUGCUUGUAUUCUGAUGUUUUUAUAGUUUGUAUCAAACAUGCUUUCAAGUUAUUUCCCUAAUAUAAUGUAGUUUACAGAAGGGGAACAGCUUUUAGUAGAGUCUUUGUCCACUUGAUAUUUUAUUUUUUAUAUAUUAUGAUUUCUUCAUUGGGGGAA